AUGGUGAUUUCGAGUAACAAAAACCUCGAAGGAUGCAAGCUUCCCGUACGUCUUCCUGAUUCGGAUAUGUAUCAUACCGCUGAAAUACUGUGCUCGAAGGAGGUCAGCUCAACGGUCUAUUAUUAUGUUCAUUAUGACGAUUACAACAAACGCUUGGACGAGUGGGUUACCGCAGAUAGGCUAAACUUUGAGAAGCUAGAAUGGCCAGCAAAGCGAUUAACCCGGGAGCACAGUAGUGCUGCUGUGUUCACACUUGGCGCCCCUCAUGAUGCUACGCCACAACAUUCCACAGAACCAGGCUGUUCCAGUUUCGAGAUGCCGGAACUGAACCAACCCAUGAAGUCUCGCACGUCCAGCGCAUCCAGUUUGCUUCAGUGGAAGCGGAGAAGAAUGAUCGAUGACUCAUGUGAAGGCCCGAUCCAUAUACCGAUUACAAACGAACCGCCUGACGGUGUUCCGAUCUCACUCUCUUUCACCGGUGGGGGCACAACAGGUAAGCCCCGACAGACCGGCAGCAUGGUGUCCAGUCAUCACGAGCAGGACACCAUCACACGAAUUCGUAAUCUGGAAUGGAUAGAAUUGGGUAGAUACCGCAUGAAACCAUGGUAUUUUUCCCCGUAUCCUCAGGAGUUAGUCAAUGUUCCCUGCGUGUAUAUUUGUGAAUUUUGCCUCAAAUACCUGAAGAGCCCGACGUGUCUACGUCGACAUUUGGUAAGUCUACACCCAUCCGUUCAUCGUAUCUCUUUUAGACCAAAUGCACAUUACGACAUCCACCGGGAAACGAAAUCUAUCGGAAGCAUCCACACAGUUUUUUUGAAAUCGAUGGCCGCAAGAAUAAGGCGACUGGACCAAGGAGACCACUAUGUUAUGCCUACUCAAUGUCUGUGGAUGAAUGCACCCCAAGUAUUUCGAUCCCUGAAGUUUCACGGGCAGACAGAAAUUACAAGCAGCACAUCAAGAACAAAGUCAAACAGGAAAGUGGAUGUAGUGAACUCAGGCACAAGCUUGCCGUCUACUCGUAGGCGCCCACAGGAGUUCCCAUACAGUACCCCCACAAGGGAUAUAAAUUUUGAAGGGACUCCCUUGAUCACCAGACACCACAAUCCAUUCCACUGGUACUUUGUUUUGGUUCCAAAUCCUCUGCCUAUGGUCGUCAGACUGUUACCCAGGACCUCACCCGUUUCUUUGAAGAGUGCGGGCGCAAACCACCUGUCCCAGUUGUCUUGUCGCACCGGAAGAAUGGUAUCUCACGCUGGAUUUCUUUUGCUGAUGACCUACGCGCAACACUUGUGUCUAUUAGCGAAGCUCUUCCUGGAUCAUAAAACACUGUACUACGACACGGAUCCCUUUUUGUUCUACGUCCUGUGCGAAAUAGACUCGCGUGGAUUUCAUUUGGUUGGCUAUUUUUCCAAAGAGAAGGAGUCUUCUGAGGACUACAAUGUGGCCUGCAUCCUUGUGCUUCCUCCGUUUCAGUGUAAAGGAUAUGGGAAGUUUCUGAUUGAAUUCAGUUAUGAACUCAGCAAGCUAGAAGGCAAGUCCGGUUCUCCGGAAAAACCACUCAGCGAUCUUGGUCUACUGUCUUAUCGUUCUUAUUGGGCCCAAACCAUACUGGAAUUGCUCCUUAACUGCAAAUCUACGGAGCCUGGUCAAGAACCUGCGUUGAGCAUCAAUGACAUCGUCGAACGAACAUCGAUCAAACGGGAUGAUGUGAUCGCCACAUUGUCCAAUCUCAACGUGCUUUUCUAUGUCAAAGGACAGCAUGUGAUCUACCUUUCCCGAGAAUUGAUCGCUAGUCAACACAAGUCGAUGGAGCGCCGGGCUCUGCGGGUGGAUCCAAAGCUGAUACACUGGAAGGCUAAGGACUGGAGUAAACGUGGUCGGUGGUGA